AUGUUCCACGUUACUCUUCAUGUCAUGUCUGACUUUGCCCAUACUUCUCACUUCCACGAAUGCGAUGAAAACUGCGUUCAUCUAGAAACUCAUCGCGAUCAGUCCAGCCAGGAACAUUCUGAAACCUACCACCACAGGUCCAAAAAUAUCCAUUUAAACUAUGAAGUGUUUUUUUGCUUUCUUUCCGUUGUUAACCUGUCCUACAGUUUCAGUGGUCCGAUCUCGAAGACGCUGUCCUACAUCCGCAGCAAGAUGGACACGGCGCUAUCCACAUCGGCGCUCUAUCCAACUCGCGAGGAAGUCCGUCAGUGGGAAACUUGCUUCGAUUCACUUCUCAACCACAAGUGUUAGUUCAUUUAUCCAUUAUUUCUAGCAUAAAGUCAAAUAAUUCAGUCGGCUGCACGCUGUUCCGCCAGUUUCUGACGAAGGAGUUCUCGGAUGAAAACGUCGACUUCUGGUCCGAAUGCGAAGAAUUCAAGAAGAUGAAAGAAGGCAAGAAGUCCAUUCAGAAAGGAAUGGACAUCUACAAUCUCUACGUUGCCGAACAGUCUCGCAAAGAAGUUGGUUUUUUCCUCAUUUUUCAAUCGCCUCAUUCCCAGCUUGUUAGUUCUCCUCAUGAAAAUCACGGGUUGAUCAAAACUAAAAAUAAUAAAACGGAAACCACUGUGUUUCGCUCGCUUAUCAACUCUUAUCAGAAAGUUAAUGAGACUCGACCGCGAGGCGUCACAACUAUUUUGCUACUUGGAAUUUGAGGAAUUCUGGAAAUUUGCAGCAUUUUAUUUGCUCCUUUUGCAGGUCAACCUGGAUUCCGACACUCGGGCCGCUACGAAAGCUGCAUUGGAGAAUGGCUGCAGAGCUGAUACCUUCACCUUGGCUCAGUCUCGAAUUGAGCAGUUGAUGGCCAAAGACUCUUACAGACGGUUAGUUAUGGUGACUGUUUCAAACAACGUAGGACAUAGUUGAAAUAUGGUUAGAAGAUCUCUACAAAAUGAAAUUGUGAUAAGAAUAAGACUCUUUGUCGAAGAAAUUUUCACUAUUCGGUUUGAAACGAAAAGGGAACUUUGAACUUUGUAGUCUUAUUUGAUAUCUUGCCAUUACUUAUUUCAUCACGACGACUGCAUUUUAUUUUAUUCUGAAAAUCAUCUUUUAUCUCAAAGAUUCAGAGAAAUAUUGUUUUCAUUUCAGCUUCCUGAAGGAUCGCCUCUACCUGGAUCUCGUGGAAGCCUUCGACCGCGAAGCCAAAGAAACCAAAGAAACCAAAGAAAAGUGA